AUGAAGGAGGAGGAGGAGGAGGAGGAGAAGACUACAGUCAGGAGGAGGAAGAACACAGUGCUCCCUACCCAAACCCCGUCCGACCCACCUCUCCUCCCUGCUCAAAGAACCCUGCCUUACAUGGGAGGAGAUUCUGAGCCUCAACUUUCCGGGUCUUUAACAAAUGAACUGCCAAAAAUAGCUAAAGAGACUGGAGAGGAACAGAAAGUUCAACACACCACGGAAGGGCCUACAAACCAGAGGAAAGCCCGGGGAUCGGGUGAGCCGGCAGUCCAGGCAAGAUCGGGGAAGGCCGACGAGGAAGGGAGGCAGCAGCGGAGCAGUCAGACGUCCACUCGGAACAGAUCCACGGCGCUAUUAAACGUCCUCCCGCCCCACACAGCCCCACGUUCCCACACUGACACUCUCUCUCCCCCAACCCCGUCUCCGGCCUCGCCCGCCCUCAACGGUCCCCCUCAGCAGGAAACCCCUUACUGCGGUCUAAAGUCACUCCGACCUCUCCCUCCUCUGACCCUCGCUUCCCACAACUGUUGUCACACGAGCUGCUCCCUAGUUUCCAUUUCCGGGCCGUCCCUGGCCCAGGAGCCUCCCCUCUCCCGGUUUCCGGGCCCCCCAUCCCAUUUCCGGGGAGCCCUUGCCGUCUUCACACCCCCCACCUGCACUUCCGGCCCCCCACUUUCUCUCUUCCUAGACGCCCUCCCAGCUCCAAAGCCCACUUCCGGCCCCCCCGACCCCCGCCGGGCUCCCCCAGACCCACACACCUUACCCCGUUCCGUGAAGGGCCCUCCUCAUUGCGGGAGGCCGGAGGGGGCACCCAGCGACCCCCCGCUCCCGCCCGGCCCCGGUCCCUCCAGCCGCGGCCUGGCCCCGCCGCUCGGAACUGCGCCCCAAUUACCUAGUUGGGCCCCAAAGUCUCCGGUCCGGACUCGGUGGCGCGUCAGUAACUUCCACUCGCUCCCCCCACCCCCCCCCGGCGGCGGCGUCGGCGGCGGCUCCUCGAGUCCCUUCAAUUAUCAGCUGAGCCGCAGCACCGCUCCCGGCGUGCGCCUCCGUCCGCACCGCCUCCCUCUCCGCCCGUUCCAACACCCUCCGGGAACUACUUUUCCCUUCGAAUCAGCCGGACGGGCUCGUCCGCGGGACAGGCCCCGCUGCCUACUCGCAGCCCAUCACAUCGCCCCUCCCUCCCCCAUCGUCCGGCUCGACUUCCCCAGCGGCCUGCGAUCUCCUCCCGAUCCCUUCGAGGGACCAGGAAGGGGAAUGUGGUGCUUCGCUUGGUAUCCCUCCGCCGGGGUCACCCCCUCCCCUCGGUGGUAG